GCCACACUAUGCUGCAGCGCAAAGCAAAGAAGAGCGAGAAGCAGCGCUCCGGAAUUUGGCAACAGAGCUAGCAUGUAUAACAACUCUUCUGAGGGCAAUAUGGAUUAACACAGCGCCCACUGAGAUAUAACAGAGGAGGAAACGGCCACACAGGAGUGUGUCUGGCUGUGUGUGGGUUUCUACCACUCCUGUUAUUUGAACUUCAACACACACACAAACAUCCUGCCACAAUGUCACGGAGGGAACGGCCGUGGUCGGUGUACAGGUCCAACACUUUUGAGCUUUCCUCAGAGAUGCUUGGACUAGCAUUGGAAGGAAAUAGUCAAGAUCCAGAUGAGCCAGUACUGGAGUUCAGUCUUGUCUGUAGUGAGCUGACCACGCCGUCUUUGGACCGAAAACCCAACAGUUUUGUUGCUGUGAGCUGUACCACACCUCCUCAGGCUUUCUGGACCAAACAUGCACAGACAGAGAUCAUUGAGGGUACAAGUAAUCCCAUGUUCCUCAGCAGUGUGGCUUUCUUCCAAGAAUCCCACAUUAACCAGCACACACAGGUCAAGCUCUCUGUGUACGAUGUAAAAGAUCGCUCACAAGGAACGAUGUAUCUACUUGGCUCAGCGAUGUUUCCAGUGAAGGAUCUUCUGCUGGAAAAGAACCAUAGACUAAACUUACCUCUCAGGUCAGCAGAAAACAAGCAUGUGGGUAGUAUUACAGUCAUUGCCUGGCAGCUAGAGGAGAAGAGAGAUCAGCAUACACCAAUCAAACAACUACAAGACACCAUCAAUGGCAGGACUGUCCUCCCUGUGGAUGAGAGUCUGACAGAAUCUGUGGGAGUCCGAGUAAAAUACGCCUCUCUGUGGAAAGACUCUUUUCUUCGAUCUGUGUUUGGUGGCACCAUGUCACGUAUGUACCGUUUUCCAACCACUGAUGGGAAUCAUUUACGGAUCCUGGAACAGAUGGCUGAGAGCAUCCUGUCACUUAACAUCCCACGACAGUUUGUCAAACUCUUACUGGAGGAGGAUUCCUCAAGAGUAUCUGAGCUGGAGGAGUUAGGCGAGUUAUCACCGUGUUGGGAGAAUCUCAGACGGCAAAUUGUGACACAAUACCAGAGCAUCCUUCAGACCUAUCAGGAUACACACACAGACCUGCAGGACUACAAAGGUCCAUCAUUUAAAGCCAGUAAUCUGAAAGCUGAGAGGAAAUUGGAAUUUAUGCCUACCAACCUUCAUGUACAGAGAAUGAGGGUUCAGGAUGAGUCUGGCUGUGAUCACACCUAUGAUGUGGUUACGAUCGGGGCCCCUGCAGCUCACUGCCAGGGCUUCAGAAGUGGUGGUUUGCGGAAACUAUUACAGAAAUUUGAGGAGGCAAAAAAAGUCAUUUAUGAGGAGGAAUGCAGUGCACUGUCCAGCUCCCAGUCCAUCGUCUACAUCCCUCAGGAUAUUAUCCGUGCCAAAGAGAUCAUCUCCCAUAUCAACACACUCAAGACUCAGGUCAGCUACUACGCUGAGCGCCUGUCUCGUGCUGCUAAAGAACGCUCCGCUAAUGGCAUGGAGAGAACCCUCGCCAUCCUAGCGGAUAAGACACGGCAGCUGGUGAUGGUGUGUGACUGUAAACUUCUGGCGUCUGCAGUGCAGGCCCUGAACGCAGCUAGACCCGAGUACAUCGCCUCUAAAAACUCUCCCUCUGCUGACUCAGAGCAGGUGGUGCUGAGGAAUGAUCAGGACACACUGCUGGCCAAAUGGAGUGGCAGAAACAGUCGUUCAUCCCUCCAUGUUGAUUGGCAUGAGGAAGAGUGGGAAAAGGUGUGGGGGAAUGUUGACAAAAGUCUGGAGUGUAUCAUCCAGCGAGUGGACAAACUGCUGCAGAAGGACCGUUUGCACAGCAGCAGCAGUGAGGACAUGUUCCAGACUGACCAGCAAAGUGGCACCAGUAAGAAAGGUAAUGCCAAACCAAAAGCCUUCUGGAUCAACCCUGUCUGCGUGGAGGAACCUUCCUCGGUCCCUGAACUGCAACAACAGUCACCUUCACCAUCACUGUCACCAUCAUCACCAUCAUCUUCACCACCCGAUCUGAACCCUGCAUGCCCUGUUAAUGCAGAAACGCAUGCCUAUGGCAGCAGCAGCAGUGGAGAGGAGAGUUACCCAGGUGAGUGGAGCGAGGCUCUGUAUCCCCUCUUGACGACCCUAACAGAGUGUGUGGCCAUGAUGAGCGACAAAGCCAAGAAGUCAAUGGUUUUCUUACUCAUGCAAGACAGCGCUCCCACCAUCGCAAUGGACCUCAACCUGCAGUACCGCCGAGACGUGGUCUUCUGCCAGACACUCACAGCACUAAUUUGUGGCUUCAUCAUCAAAUUGAGAAACUGUCUCCGUGACGACGGUUUCCUGAGACAGCUCUAUACCAUCGGUCUGCUCGCUCAGUUCGAGUGCUUAUUAAGUACUUAUGGAGAGGAGUUAGCCAUGUUAGAGGACAUGAGCAUAGGAAUAAUGGAUCUUCGAAAUGUGACGUUCAAGGUGACGCAGGCCAUCUCUACCUCAUCCCCCGACAUGCUGCCGGUGAUCACCGGAAAUAGAGACGGGUUCAACGUUCGCAUCCCGCUCCCGGGAAGCAUGUUUGAUGCAUUGCCAAGGGAGAUCCAGAACGGCAUGCUGCUGCGGGUACAGCCGGUGCUGUUUAACGUGGGCAUCAACGAGCAGCAAACGCUCGCCGAGAAGUUUGGAGACACGUCGCUUCAGGAGCUCAUCAAUGUGGAGAGCCUGGCACGUCUUGGCUCUUACUACCAGCAGUUCAAAGAGGUUUUACCUGACGACUGUCUUCCUCGCUCUCGUAGUCAGACGUGUCUCCCAGAGCUGUUGCGGUUCCUUGGUCAAAAUGUUCAUGCUAGGAAAAAUAAAAAUGUAGACAUCUUGUGGCAGGCUGCAGAGAUUUGUCGGCGACUAAAUGGAGUACGUUUUACCAGCUGUAAAAGUGCCAAGGACCGCACUGCUAUGUCAGUGACUUUGGAGCAGUGUCUGAUCCUGCAGCACGAGCAUGGCAUGGCCCCGCAGGUCUUCACCCAGGCCCUGGACUGCAUGCGCAGCAUUGGGACCAGGGAGGGGGUAACUCAGAAGAACCUGAGCGGCUUAUUGCCCAUACGUGACUUCAGGCUGGACCCCAGUCUGCUCUACUCUCUGCCCCUUCUGGCCCUGAGCCCAAACCUGCUCAUCGUCUGGGUGUUCCUCAGCAUAGCCUACCUGCUGGCCAAACUCCGCUGCAGCUGAGCCUGAGACCCUUUUUCCAUUUUUCUUUCUCUCUUUCCCUCACCCUGGCUAUUUCAGCACUUCCUUUCUCUGUUUUUCUGUUUCUUCCUCCUCUGGGUGAGGAGCUAUUUGCAGACAAUGCUGAAUUCUUUCUGGUUGAUUCAGCUCUUUUCUCUAACAGCCAGUCUAAAGGUCUUGAUGUUCAUUUCUGCCUUACCCCUCUCUCUCUUUCGCUCUCUCUCUCUCUCUUUCGCUCUCUCUCUCUUUCUCUUUCUCUGUCUCUCUCUUUUUCUCAAGUAAUCAUGGAUGAGAAAAGUUUGUACAAUAAUUUGUGACAUAUAACAAAUAUUCUGAUUAUUUUAGAGGGUUCAUUGAAAAAUAGAUAUUCAUAUAUAUUUAAGAUUAAACAUUGAUCUAUUUAUUCAAUACUAAAUAUUCUUUUAAUAUUGAAAUAUUUUAUUUGUGUUAUUAUAACAAACUAUUUUUAGGCACAUGGAUAUUUGUGCUAGUGGUCAGUUCAGUAUGUAUAUAAUAGGAGUGCAUUAGUGCCCUCACACUUUUUCAGCGGCGUUUGUUCCGGAAUUUUAUUUAUUUUAUUUUUUCAAACUUUUCACACUUAAUUUUUUCCCCAUAGGGAUUUUCCAAAAAAGUGUUUAUUAAAAUAUUAUAAGAUAUGAAACAAGCCAAGCAACUACAAGGCGUAUCACAACAUUAUGAACUUCUAAAUUGGACAAGAGACAAAGGUACAAAACUGUGUGCUCAACCGUUUUAGUGAGGGAAAAGAACUGCAAUCCCAUGCAGCAUUGCAAAUUACAAUCAUGUUAAAAACAACUGAGGAAAAAUAGAAACUACUUAUUUAAAGUUGAUUAUUACAUCUACAGAAAUUACUUAAAGCUGUGGUAGGUAACUUUUGACGCUCUAGCGGUUAAUAAACAGAACUGCUUGCGUCUUGCAGAAGAACAUCGUAGCCGGAUCUACUUCUCUCUGUUUAUGUCUAUGAAGAAUCACAACGGUACUGGGUUACUCCGCCGCGGUGCCCCCGAAGCAAUCUAAAAUAGUCUGAAUAUAAACAAUUAUUAUAGGUGCACCCUAGUGAUUCAGGACAAGCUAAAAACACGGUUUGGAAAAUGGAUUCAUUGUGUACUCGCUUAUUAUAUACAUUUUUCUACAUUUUGAACACAAACAAAGUUACGACCGCAGCUCUGAUUGGUUAUUUCUUACCGGGAGCGGAUGACUUUCUGCAAAUGGCAAUAGGACACUGGGAGGAGCCAGAGGAGCUUGAUUUUUUUCACAGAUUAUCUGUCUCAUAUUCUACUGUCAGGACAUAAUGACAGGUUUAACAAAUAUGUAAAAAAUACAUUUUUACAAAAGUUACCUACUGCAGCUUUAAGUUGAUAGCAAAAUAUGCUGUAAGUAUUUUGACUGCAUAGCAAAUGUUAUAUAAUUUGCAGUGCUUUAUGGGAUUGGGCAUUCCUCACUAACUGUUUUACCGCAAUUUCUUGAAAUUUCUGUACAUAAUAAUGCGAAAAAUUAUAUACCAUUAGAUAUCAACUCACUGUCUUUAUAGGUUUACAAGUCAUCAUUACAAAUUAAUUUCCCUAUGGAGAAAAUGAACAGAUUUUUACUUUCGGAACCUAACUGUUGCACUCUAUAAUGAGAUAUUGUUAUUCUCUAACAGUAUCAAAGAAUUUUCCAGUGAUUUUUGUGGUUGAUUUUGUUGCGUCUUCCAUGUGUUUCUAUCAUAAUGCAAAGAUAAGGCCUGGCCAAAGUUAAUCUCACCUUACAUCACACUUGCUUAAAAUAUGUAUUGCACUUUAGGGUAUUAAGUGUGUCCAUGUCUUCCCAUGUUUGGCUGGAAGAACACGUGUUGCUCUUUUACCAAGAUUGGUUUGCACUAAUGUGGUUGCAUCCUUUCCAAUGAGCCCAUUAAAUUCGGCCAAAUAAGAUUGUUUUUUCAGGGAAAUCGAAAUAUGCACUUGAGUAUUUGGUUUAACAUCUUUUAAGGAUGUUUCCACUGUCAGCUGACAGGAGGUACAUGGCAAUAGGUUUAAUAGGUAUUUUGUGUAAAGGAAUGUUCCGGUUUCAGCACAAGAUCCAUUGAGUUGACCACAUCUGAGGCAUGCAAUCAUUUAUAAGAACAUUUCGGCUCUUCUCUCAAUUUGUAAAAACAAACCUUAUUUACAUGAAUGCACUAAAGUCUAACAUUGAUAUACACAAUUUAGAAAAAAACAACAACAACCAUGUACAGCUUCCAUUGUAUGUGUAUUAUUGUAAAUUUGUGUAUUUUCUCAAAUUGAGGCAUAAAUGACAAUGACAUGCUAAAUGUUGUAAGUUAAAUCUGUGUGUCAAAUCUGGAACAGUCUCUUAAGAUGACCGUCUGUUUAGAUGACAAUAGCAUCCACAUGUUGCUUUAAGACACUUAUGCAGUAAUGAUAAAUAGAAUGUAUGUUGUUUUACCAAAACGAAUCACUUUGUUUCCUAAUCAUGACAUGCAGUCUGCAAAUCAUCAGAUUUCUUCUCUUCUUUGUGUCAAUAUAUAUAUUUUUUUAUAUGUAAAAGUUUACCAUGAGAGAAUUCUACAGAACUCAGAGUUUAAUUGUGCUUCCCUUUGUGCCAAAUUAGUAAUGGCCGCUCUGUGCUUUGUAAAAUUUGUCUGGCCACAUGCCACGCCAGUACAUCUGCUGUUUACAAGUUAGCACUGCUUGAGCUUACAUGUUCUAAAGAGCUGCCCAUUGCAAGAACUUGAUAUUUAAAAAAUAACAUUCACCAGGCUACAGAAAAGUGUGCAUUUCAUCUGACCUACUAAAAAAAAUGAACUGUCCCAAAAUAUCUCCAUUUGAGAUGCUGAAGGGGUUCAUUUAUAUAAUAAUGAUGUGGCUCUGUGAGUCGGUUUUUGUUUUGUUUGCUUAAAUAUAUCAGAGAUAGCUUUCUUGUUUCAUGUUUGUUUUAAAUCAUGUUGGAUAAUGUUUCAAGCUGUUUUCUGAGUACGAUGUCUUCGACAUUUAAGUUGGAGAAAGGUUUUGCUGACUGAUUUUGGAGUUUCGUAGGUUUGGCUGAAUAUCACUGGUAGGUUUUAACAAAUAGAAUUUAAGGAUAGAUCUCAGUUUAGUUUUGAUCGUUUUAAAGUUUGAGCAUUGGUUUUAGGUGGGGUUGCAUGAUUAUAAAAUUGUUGUUUAUUUGCCAUGAUAGUGUAAUCUCAAUUAUGAAUUUACAAAAAAAGGACUGAUUCACACAACAUAUAUGUUUGUGAAUGGUUACAAUGUUCAACUAAAUAUAUAUAGCAUUCAAAAUAGAAUGUUGUACUAGAUGAUUUUCUUGAUUAAUCAUGGCAGCCAUCAAACAUAUUUAGAUGAAUUUUGAAGCCAUAGUUUUAGAGAUGGGUUGUAGGUUUGAAAUGGACUACGUCGUUGUUGAAUGUUUUGGGAAAUAAAUGGGUAUCUUGGGUUAGGGAAUAGUUAGGUGGACUUGUUAGGUUUUCUUGAAUAAUGAAUUUGCUCAGAGCCAGCUCUUUUGUUUUCACUGGGCUUUAAUUCUCAGAGAAUCCUAAUAUACGCAGUGUUGUUUUUAUUCUUCUUACAACAAUUGACUUUUUUUUUUUUUUUGAUAUUAUUUAGCUCAACCUUGUUUUACUAAAGCAUGUGAAUUGAGCAUCAUGCUCUUUUAGUCACAAAAUAACAAGGUUGAACACAUGGACUAUUUAUUUAUUUUUUACAUUUAAGUGGUCAGUUAAUGCAAAAAUUUUGAUCAUUUACAUACCUUUGUUCUUUCUGUAGGAGUAUGUAAAAGGAGAUGUUUAAUAGAGUGUCCAAGCUGCUCUUUUCUGUAACCUUUUUUUUUCACAUGAUUUUUCAUUGAAUAAUAACUUCAAUAUCAUUCUGUUCAUCAUAUAAGUCAUACCACUUUUAUAUUGCUUUUUUUUCAGAGAUUGAUAGCCUCUGGUUGUGUUCUGAUCCAAUUUUUACUGUACGAAGCAGCAUGAACACUCUUUAGAAUUUUUCCUUUUGUAUCCCUUGGAAUAAAGUCUGUCAUAUGGGUUCGAAACAAGCGAGAAGGACAUAUUGUACUGAUGUUUCAUUUCUAAAUGGUCAGUUUGCCAGACAAAGGCCUACACCUGAGUAAACUGUACAAACCAUGCUAACUGAGAUCAUUUUCAUUUGUUACAACUCACUAAAAAAGUUUAUAUGAAUUGCUUUAUUGUUCUUAUAUGAAUAUUACUAAGAUAUUUAUGUGUAAGCACAUUUUUGAAAGAAUAUAUUUAUUUGUAUAAAACAUUACUUGCUGUUGCAAAACAGAAUUUUGGAAUCCCAAUAAGAGGGACGUGUAAUAGUUGGCCUGAUCAAAUGUAAUUAUUUACCAUACCCUAAAACACAACCAAUGAAGUCUGCUGAUCUUAAAGCUAUAUUUCCAUUUCUGUCAAAUUUGCUUCAGAGCAUUAACUGCCUGUGUGCUACCUAAAAAAACAUUAGCCUUUUCAACUGUAUUUAGCCGUGGUUUGUUCAUUUAUUUGCUUUCUAUGUUCACCCAUAAUUCUCAUGCUCACAACACUGCUGAGAUGUCUGCUGCCAUCUUUUGUGGCUGUGCUAAUUUUUGCUUGUGAUUUUUCUAAACAUGGCUUCAUGUUCUGUUUGUUUUCACACACUCAAUCCCGCCCCUUUCCCUACCAGUGAGGGCUGCCGCCGUGAGAAUACCAUGAAGAACAUUGGAUGUCGCAAGUAUGCCUUUAACUGUCUGCAGCUGAAGGCCUUUCCUAAACUUUACAGACCUUCCGAUGGCACUUUCGGAAAAGUGGAAACUUGACGAGAUGACUC